AUGUCUUUUGUUUCUCCCUCGCCCAAACUCUCUUUCAAGGGAGAUGAUCUGUCGGAACAUUCGUCCAUCUGGUCGCUUGCUCUUGUUGGUUAUUCCUUGGGUCAAAGGCCUUAUUAUGAAAGGCUGCUCUCGGCAAUGAAGAAACUCUGGGUCCUUAAAGGGAAGCCUUUCAUCCUCCAAAGAUGGUCGCCUAAGUUCAAGCAUGUUCGCGACGAAGCUGCUUCCAUUAUGAUUUGGGUUAAAAUCGUGGAUCUCCCUCUGGAUUUGUGGACUCCUACUGGUAUUUUUCACAUUGCGAGCUACAUAGGUAUUCCCCUUACUGUUGAUUCGCUUACUGCAAAUAGGACUAGGCUUACUUUUGCUCGGGUUUGCAUUCAAAUUUCGAAAGAUUCUAAGCUACCUAAGGAAAUCCCGAUACAAAUUGAAGAGGAAGACAUGUUGUUGAAGGUGGUUUAUGAAUGGAAGCCUUCUCCUUGCGAGGGCUGUGGAUCGCUUAUCCACCCUUUUUCACUGUGUCCUUCAAAUCCCAACCUGAAACCAAUUUUACAUCCUCCACCGACCUACACCAGGGGAAGAAGUUUUAGCCGCAAUCCUUCUUCUCGGCAACCUGGUUCUCGUUCCAAACCUCCUGUCCCUACUUCUCUACCGUCCUCCUCUCAACCAUCAAUACCCUUAAACGGCAUUCAGCAACCUUCUAUUGCUCUGCCGUCUACCUCUCAUUCCCAAUUUCCCUUUGCUAGCCAACAGCCUUCUCCUCCUCCACCUUUGGUCUCUGGCCUUGUCUCCUCUCCUAUGAAGCCUCUUCUUCCUAACCUUAAUGCACCGUCGGAAGACCUCUCGUCUUCUGUCCAAGGCAUUGUCUUACCUCCUGCUUCCCCCUCUGUUAUUCCUACUGGUAACAAGUUUGCGUCUUUACAAUCUGACGAUAUCUCUGUUAUCCCUCCCCCUCACCUCCUCCCCUCUUCUUCUCAUGUUUAG